GUCAACUGCAGUGCAGAGUGCAGUGAUCGACAAAACAAAGAGAAAGAGAAGUUUGACUGUUAAGCAAUAUAUUACUGCCAAUAUAAAGCAAGAUUUCUAUUAUAAAAAAAAAAAACGUAUGAGCCAUGAAUUAUUAUAAAUAGUUGAGAAUUCGCUGGAGAGUUGAUUGGAUAUGUUGUCACGUUGUUUAUCGUGACCAAUCGUGACUAUCGUUUAUCAUUUCAAAAGUGUCGAGAGGUUUUCAUGAGGAAAAUGUGUCGCGAAGGAGCUCUCAGUUUAUUCUGUUUUAUUAUAGCAGGUUUAAUCUCCCUUUUCCCUGAACUGCAAUUCAGGUUAGGAUUCGAUAUUUAUGUCGCAUAUUUUACAAAUAUUUGGCUUUUACAUGCGGUACAGUACAUACUUAUAAAUAUGUCUGCAUUGCUGGCAUUUCGUGGUUUUGCUUAUCAAGUUGCAAUCAGAGCAUUAUUUCUUGGAUAUAUCUUUGGAAUUGGUAUUUUAGUAUCAAUCAAUGCUCCACCAUCAUGGCAGGUGUUUGGCAUUUAUACAACAGUAUUAGCGAGUUUUCAUUAUACGGAAUUUUUAGCUAUUGCCUGGUCAAAUCCAGCUGCAUUGUCGAUCGACAGUUUCAUCCUUAAUCAUAGCAUAGCAUAUGGGAUAGCAGCAUGUCUCAGUUGGAUGGAGUUUAUUAUAGAGAGGCAUUACUUCAACUUAAUGAAAAGACCUUCCUUCGUGUGUUAUUUUGGUCUAAUGUUAUGUAUUUCUGGUGAAAUUUUAAGAAAAUUAGCAAUGUGUACUGCAAGACACAAUUUUAACCAUGUUGUGCAAAAUGAAAAAAGGAACAAUCAUGAGCUUGUUACACAUGGUGUAUAUAAUUUUUGUAGACAUCCUAGUUAUGUAGGAUGGUUUUAUUGGUCCAUAGGAACGCAGUUAAUACUUCAAAAUCCACUAUGCCUCUUUGCAUACGCACUGAUGUCAUGGAGUUUUUUCCAUGAUCGUGUUCUGAUUGAAGAAAUGACUUUGUUAAGUUUCUUCGGUGAAGACUAUGUUCAAUAUCAAAGAAGAGUAGGUACUGGGCUUCCAUUUAUUUCUGGAUAUAAGAUUAAUUCAUAGCAUCCUGUGCUAGUGUAGUCAUAUAUUUUAUAAAAAGAUCUAACAGAUAAAAAA